UUUUCCUGACUCUGAGCAGGUACUUGAACGCAGCACACACCUGUCGCUCAUUAUGUCUCUUCCAGUUUAGCUCUGACGUUAACAAACACGAUAUGCUUUUCAUCGCUCGCGUUUUAAAAGAAAUGAACUCUCCUAAGUUUUCGAUCAUCUUUUUUAUACUGGUGUCUUUUUUUAUUUCGUUUGGACAUUGUGUCGAUAUUUCGUUCUCAAUAUGCUGGAUGGCCAAAGGCAAAGUUCUGGAAAGGCAAAAUGGGAACAUAUGGCUGAAUGAUACAUCCAUAAAAUACACCAACAAGGUGGGUAAAUUAACCUCGCUGACAGUUUCCCCAGCCGUGGAAACGAAACUAACCCUUCAGUAUGGAGGCUCUGUUCAGGCGUGGACUUUCAGAAUCACUCCAAGCACAAGGUUCACUCAAAUCAAAGGCCUGCAGGAGCCAGAGAAGAUACCAACAACUUCCACCAUGGAGUUCUUGGACACGAUGAACGCAAACGAGGUGUUUCCAUGUGAACAUGGGACGGUGUUCUUCCACCAGGAUGAACACUUCUUCCUUGCAAUAGGCCACACACAGCGUCACCCCGUCAAGCUGGACUCCAGGACCCCCUUCUCACUAUUGGUGUCCUGGGUGGACAAGAGGCGAGCUGUCAGCAACAGCCACACUGUGACGCUGUACCAUACAGAGCGGGGUUCCUAUAAGGCCCUGAGCAUGAGCACAACCACCAACAACAACUACAACUUCACAGCUCUGAGCUCCUGCAGCCCGUACAUAGCCUGUGUGGAGAUAGCAGGCGCUCACUCCUUUACCUGCCUCUCUACUAUUACAGACCCAGACGUUCCCAGAGACUUCAAGGUUUCGUCUUUGAACAACCGCAGAAUAUCUCUGUCCUGGAGCUGUCCCGAGAACUGCAAGUACUCCCUCUUCCUCCUCACCGCCUUCUUCCUCAACGGCACAGACCACGUCACAGAGGAGGCGCUCUGGUGGCACAAAAAGGAAAACUUUGUAUUCACCCUGUCAGACCUGGAUCCCUGCAGGAGGGUGAAGUUUGGCCUGCAGACGGUUUGCCAGGCAGGGAUGGAGUCCCACUACAGCAAGAUGAUCCUGAAUGAUGGGAACUCUGCUCACUCCAGCAUCGAGGCCUUGAAUCAGACAUCGUUCGGCCCAGACAACUACACCCUGAGCUGGCAUGUGAGCAACACCUCAUCCAUCUCCAAGUUCAGAGUCUACCACGAGGGGGUGCUGCAGGGCUCCACGCUCCUCACCAACUACACUGUGGAGGGGCUUCAGCCAUGCCAAGAGCACCAGGCCAGGGUGGAGGCGCUGUGUGGAGACAGCGUUAUCAUGAGCACCAAGACUGUUGCCACACACACAGGUCCUCAAGGCGUGUCUGAGCUCAGGUAUCGCUCUAACGACUCCACUGCCUUGUGGAUGUCCAGCACCAUGAACCAGAGAGCUGUGGCCUUCUUAUACGAGCUGUCUCUGGAGAACGGCCCCACCGUCCAGAGCAACCGUGUGAACGACCCUGAGCUCCAUCUCACAGGGCUGGAGGAAGGGAAGACCUACGUGCUGGAUGUUUGGGAGGAAUGUGAGGGACAGUGGGAGUCUGAACGAUCUCAUGUGUGUUUUGAAGGAGCAAAUUCAUCCUUUGGGGCACUUGUGAGGGCUGCUGAAUCUGCGCUGGGUCCAGAUGUGCAGAUUGAUAUUUCUGGGAUGGGUCUCACCAUGGUCCUGCCCUGGUCCCUACCUGAGGAUCUGCUGGACGACAUGUCAGAACCAAGAGCUACGAUGGGGGAAAUAUUCAAAGAUAAGCUGCAGGUGCUUCUCAAGAACUUCACUCGGCCCACUCGCAUUGAGAUCGCCACCUUCGAACCUGCAGACGAGCCGCACAAAACAGAAGUCCUGUUCAUGUCUUUUGAUGCAACGAAAACUGAGGAAGACGUGCCUCUGUCUGUGGGAGAGCAGCUGGAUUACCUUCGCUCCCUGAACAACACGCACGUCGCUAUAACAGACGGGGUCAUUCAGUGGGAGGGUCCAGAUCUGUGUGCCUCCUCUAAGCACACUUUGUGUCCCCGUCACUCCCUGUGCAUCAACACUCUUGGAUCCUACAUGUGUGUGUGCCAGCAUGGCUACUAUGAUGUGAGCUCUGUCACCAAACCUGCAGCAGUCUCACGUCCACACUGCAAUGAGAAAGGCCUUUUCAGUCAGUGCAUGGAAAAACUGCUGACCGGUGGAAUAGCUAAACUCUACCUGACCUCUCACAUGGGCGGAAAAGUGGAUGUGCAGCUGAACGAUGGACGGUGCACCACGGAGGAGAGCGAGAUGUUCUACUUCUUCAAUGCAUCACGUAAAUCCUCUGAAUGUGGAACUGAGAGACGGGUAAACAAAACCCACAUUGAGUACCAAAACACUCUGGCUGUGUCCCUGACUAAAGAGCAAACCAUCAGUCGGCGGGAUCUGAAAGUCGUCUGGAAAUGCGUCUACCCUCGACAUUACAUCCGUAAUGCUCAAGUUGCCGUGGACAUGGAGUGGCUCUCAUCUCUCUCCCUGGUGGCGUUUAACUCCUCCGUACAGCUGGGCCUGACCAUGAGCCUGUUCACCGAUCUGUCAUACACAUACAGCUACACGGACACCAUCAGCCUGGAGCCAGAGGACACUCUGUUCUUCCAGGUGUCCCUGCAGACCAGGAACUCUUUUGCCUCAGACGUGCUGCUGCAGGUGGACUCGUGCUGGGCUACUGAGAGCAACAACCCACAGGACAGCGUGCAGGGUCUCCUGAUCCAGGACGGCUGUCCUGUUGACCACACGCUGCACUGGCUCUCGGUGAACGGUGCGGCCCAGCAGAGCAGGUUUUCAGUUCAGAUGUUCUCCAUGCCUCAACACCAGCCCAUCUACAUUCACUGCCUUGCCAACAUCUGUGCACAUGAUGAGGACUGCACCAAGAAUUGCAGCCGGCCACAGCGCACAAAGAGGUCGGCAAGCCACAUUGACCGACCACGGAAACCAGCUGCUGUCGUGUCUGCUGGACCUCUGCUCAUCAACAGAAGGCUGAAGUCUGGAGUCACGCCAUCGUACUGGGCGGAUCACAGGAUGAUGGUAUUCGUCGUGGCUGGAUCGAUUGGAAUUCUGUUGAUUACAGUUCUUUCAGUGAGCGCAAGCAAAGCAAUCAUGACUUACUAUGAAAGACUGCGCCUGAAAUAAAGUAUUUGUUUCACUCUCUG